AUGUCUUGCACCCACCUAUGUCUGUUUCCCCUCGUCUGUCUCCCCUACGUCUGUCUCCCCUAUUAUAUACUCACUAACCUCAUUGGCAGUCAAUCCGCCAGUACGUCUUUCCUCUCCCCACCCCACACAAAAUUCGACUUUGCAUCGUUUUGUCCCAUUAAACGACUUCAACUUUGCGUCGGUCAUUCCAUUUUCAUUUGUGAUGUUGACUUUGCGUCCGUCACAUCCAGAUUUGACUUUGCGUCGUCUGGGCCAUCUUUUACUGUCGAUCAGAAGGUGACCACGUCCAGACCUCAAGAACUCCUAGUAUCUCGUGCAAUCUACCCAUUGGGAUUGAAAGGUUUGCGACACAUUUUGAUAUUUAAGGUGGUGAACUCAUUUGUGGUAUUUGCAGCGUACACAUUCUUGAACGGUUUGACGACCUUGACUUUGCAUUAUCUUCGCAUCAUCAGCUCUGACUUUGUGAAACUGAAGACAUUCAACCGUGCCAAUUGCAAUUCGAGAGUUUUACCAUCUGAAGUACUGGAUAAGGACCCACUUCUUCUCCUUCGUAAUCGAGGAAAACCACAUGAACAUGACGACCCACUUCUCUGGCCACAGCCGUACAUCAGCUCAGCCUGCCAUUAUGGCGCAAUCCCGCACCAGCUAGAACAUGAUGGCCCAAUGGAUAUCUUGUGGUGGAAUCCCAACCAGACGGACCUCUUGGUCAAUUCUUCUGACCUGAUCCUUGGCAUUGGAAAAAUUCCUCAUGCCCGUUUGCUCCAAUUUCAACAAUUAGUGGGGGGGCUUCAGGACCAUGUUGAGAAAUACAAAUCAGACAAUUCUCAUCCAACGAAGAAUUCGGAAAUCAUCACACUUUCGAACUGGCUAAGCCAGGGUCUCUCUCGUCUGGAACAACUACCAAUGGAUGUUACACAAGUCAAAUUCUGUGUGGCUGAAGUCCAACAAGCUUAUUUAGAAUUAACAGCUGGACUCAACUAUCUCUAUAUCUACAAACCCUGA